AAUUACCGAUUUUCGGUCAGGCACAGAAACAUAUAGCAGAUAGCAGAUGACGGCAGAUAUGUCGAAUCAAUCAUCAGAAAAGCCGGAGGACACGUCUCCGGCGCCUCGGAGCGACGCGCCAAAGAUAAUUCCCCGCCAAAAAGCUGUCUCGGAUGCUGUUGUAUCUGCUAUACAAAAGACGGAUGAGACGGUACUCAGAUUGAACAGGCUUCUGUCCACAAAAGCUGGCCAGGACAUUGUGCUUUCCAACCUCAAUCACACGUCUCAUGCAUUGCAUUACCUUCUCGCUUCGUCUCCGAUAUCUAGACUGCGCCUAACUAUACGGCUAUGGCUCUUACGAAGACUCGGCCGGAACGUUUCCUCCAUCCCACCACCACCGGCGACUAAAAUUGCAUCCGCGCAACAACCCCCGCUAUUAGCAUUCUCCAAUUUAAUAUCAAAAACCCGCUAUACGCUUCGACUUCUGGGGCUGGUCUCCAUGUGGAGUUGGGGUUCAGCAACUUAUAAGUCGCCGCCGAAAGAUCCCGUGCUGCGCGCCGUUGCUUAUCUAGAGGUGCUCUCGAUGCUGGUUUAUCAGGCUCUUGAGAAUGCCACUUAUCUUGCAUCUAAUGGUGUGAUAGGCGAUAGCUUGAUUAAGCGGACGGGCGGUAUUGGUAAAUGGGAAUUGUGGAGUAUACGCUCUUGGUUCGGAUAUGUCUUGCUUGAAUUUGUGCGACUCUGGCGCGAGUCUAUCCUGUUCGCCCAGAGGGAACGAGAAGAGCAACGACAGGUUUCGGCUGGUGAGAAGUCGAUUGCUGUGGCCGACGCCGAGUUGAAAGCGGCGCGAGAAGCUGAGAUUCGCAGCUGGCGGAAGAGUCUGGUUAAUAACCUGGCUUGGGCUCCUCUGUGCGCUCACUGGAGCUUUGAGAAGGGUAUUGGUGUGCCUUCUAGUUUGACUGGGUUCGUUAGUCUGUUGGCUGGUGUAUGGGGGACUUAUGAUGCCUGGCAAGCUACUGCUUUACUUUGAUUGCUGUUCUCUCUUAUCGUUCUUUCAUAGAUCUACAUGUACAUCAUAACUGCCCUCAUAUCGCAUUUUCAGCUGGAAAGAACUAAUGCAAAUGGUCGAAGUUGAUC